GGGCGCUAGCCGGACCCCGCCCCCCAGCGGCCGCCGACCAGCGCGGGGACACCCCGAGCUCGCGGCAACAGGGUCCCCGGGGGCGCCGCGCUCGCCCCUGUGUUCCCAGACGCAGAGUCGCCGUCCUUGCCUGGAGACGUCUGGGUGUCAGACCUUCCCAAACUUCCCGAAACUGCCGCUGCCCUCUCGCCACCCUCUGCCCGCCGCUCAAGCCUGCCCCCUCCCUCUCGUGCCCGGUCCCCCGCCCCGGAGACUCCUCCUUAGGAAGAGGCUGCCCGGGAGAAGGGGCGGCCCACCGGGAACUGGGCCUCCGACUUCGCCCCCGCCGCCAGACCCCGGCCGCGGCGCGCAACAGGGACGAAGGCGGGCGCCGCGGCGACCGGAGAGUUCCCGAGGCCGGACGCGGCCUCACCCGCCGGGUGGCUCACGGCAGGGCAGGGGCGCAGCGCCACCCCCGCGGGUCCCGGGGCCUCUGCGAGCCUGUGGCCGGGAGGGCAGCGCCGAGGAGCCCGGGCGGCGGCACCAGCCUCGGGCGCAGAGGGGAUUCUUGCGGUGAACGUUUUACAGGAAUGUAAAUGAAAUCUUGAGACAAAACCAGGAAGCAGACGACCCCUACCUACUCGUGGGUUGGAAGAAAGAGGGGAAAACCGAAAGUUGCCGCGCCAGAAGCAAUCUCUCCGGGGAGCCUUUUUUUUUUUUUUUUCCUCCCGUGCAUCCCCGGAGCCGCAGUCGCCUCCGCAGGGAGGAUCUAAGGAAACUCGGCCUCCGAAAGAGCCGGAGACGGACCCUUGAGGAAAGAAGUCCGGAUAAUCCCAGUCCGAGGCAAAGCGGCGGCGCUUUUCUGCCCGCGCUCCUGGAGACACCUUCCUCCCCGAGCAUUCCCUGGCGAUUUCAGAAGAGAAGGGGGACGCGAGGAGAGCGAGCGCGGCCGGCGGUGCACCAUGGGCCGGCGGUGCGCCCUGGCCCUCGCCGUGCUCUCGGCCCUGCUGUGCCAGGUCUGGAGCUCCGGGGUGUUCGAGCUGAAGCUGCAGGAGUUCGUCAACAAGAAGGGGCUGCUGGGGAACCGCAACUGCUGCCGCGGGGGCGCGGGGCCGCCGCCGUGCGCCUGCAGGACUUUCUUCCGCGUGUGCCUCAAGCACUACCAGGCCAGCGUGUCCCCCGAGCCUCCCUGCACCUACGGCAGCACCGUCACGCCGGUGCUGGGCGUCGACUCCUUCAGCCUCCCGGACGGCGCGGGCGCGGACACCGCCUUCAGCAACCCCAUCCGCUUCCCCUUUGGCUUCACCUGGCCGGGAACCUUCUCUCUGAUCAUUGAAGCUCUCCACUCUGAUUCUCCUGAUGACCUCGCAACAGGUAAAAACAAACCAAAACACUCCCAAACUGUGCAAACUGCGUCUCCAGUUAUUAUGUAUUUGAGUUCAGAUCUCCCCAGAAACAAACGUCUGCAUCUUUCAUUCUGCAAGUUACUCCGGAAGGUUGAGGAGAAGAGCCUUCAGCCUCCUUGCCCAGCAUCCUUUCCACCUCCCUCUCUCCCCGAGCCUCUGGGCUCCCAGUCAGGACCAACAGAGCACCCUCUUCCUGCAGAGAACCCGGAAAGGCUCAUCAGCCGCCUGGCCACGCAGAGGCACCUGACAGUGGGCGAGGAGUGGUCCCAGGACCUGCACAGCAGCGGCCGCACAGACCUCAAGUACUCCUACCGAUUCGUGUGUGACGAGCACUACUACGGGGAAGGCUGCUCCGUCUUCUGCCGCCCCCGCGACGACGCCUUCGGCCACUUCACCUGCGGGGAGCGAGGGGAAAAAGUCUGCAACCCUGGCUGGAAAGGCCAGUACUGCACUGAGCCCAUCUGCUUGCCGGGGUGCGAUGAGCAACAUGGGUUUUGCGACAAGCCAGGGGAAUGCAAGUGCAGAGUGGGCUGGCAGGGCCGGUACUGUGACCAGUGCAUUCGGUACCCCGGCUGUCUCCACGGCACCUGCCAGCAGCCCUGGCAAUGCAACUGCCAGGAAGGCUGGGGGGGCCUUUUCUGCAACCAGGACCUGAACUACUGCACACACCACAAGCCCUGCAAGAAUGGGGCCACCUGCACCAACACGGGCCAGGGAAGCUACACUUGCUCUUGCCGGCCUGGGUACACGGGGGCCAACUGCGAGACGGAGGUGGACGAGUGCAGUGCCAGCCCCUGCAGGAAUGGAGGGAGCUGCACGGACCUCGAGAACAGCUACUCCUGCACCUGCCCGCCUGGCUUCUACGGCAGGAUCUGUGAGCUGAGUGCCAUGGUGUGUGCCGACGGCCCCUGCUUCAACGGGGGACGGUGCUCGGACAACCCCAAGGGAGGGUACACCUGCCGCUGCCCUGGGGGCUUCUCUGGCUUUAACUGUGAGAAGAAAAUGGAUUCCUGCAGUUCCUCACCCUGUUCCAAUGGUGCACAGUGCGUAGACCUUGGCGAUGCUUACGUGUGCCGCUGCCAAGCCGGCUUCUCUGGGAGGCACUGUGAUGACAGCGUGGACGACUGUGCCUCUUCCCCGUGUGCCAACGGCGGCACGUGCCGGGACGGCGUGAAUGAGUAUUCCUGCACCUGCCCCCCCGGGUACACGGGCACAAACUGCAGUGCCCCUGUCAGCAGGUGUGAGCACGCACCCUGCCACAAUGGGGCCACCUGCCACGAGCGGGCCCUCCGCUACCUGUGCGAGUGCGCCCGGGGUUACGGGGGCCCCAACUGCCAGUUCCUGCUUCCCGAGCUGCCCCCGGGCCCCGUGGUGGUGGACCUCACCGAGAAGUACGUGGAGGGCCAAGCCGGCGCGUUCCCCUGGGUGGCUGUCGGCGCGGGCGCGGUCCUCGUCCUCACGCUGCUGCUGGGCUGCGCUGCCGCCGUGGUCUGCGUUCGGCUGAGGCUGCAGAAGCGCCGGCCCCCCGCCGACCCCUGCCCGGGGGAGGCGGAGACCAUGAAUAACCUGGCCAACCGCCGGCGGGAGAAGGACAUCUCUGUCAGCGUCAUUGGGGCCACGCAGAUCAAGAACACCAACAAGAAGGUGGACCUGCACACGGAGCCCGGCACCGAGAAGAACAGCCUCAAGGCUUGCGACCCCGCCGUGGGCUAUAACCUGCUGCAGGACCUCAAGGGUGCCGCUGCCAGUGGGGAGCCCCACAGCAAGCGUGAUGCCAAGAGCCAGCCCCAGGGCUCUGCGGGGGAGGAGAAGAGUGCCCCGACCCUCAGGGGUGGAGAAGCAGCUGAAAGAAAAAGGCCGGACUCUGUGUACUCCACUUCAAAAGACACAAAGUACCAGUCGGUGUACGUCAUAUCCGAGGAGAAGGACGAGUGCGUCAUCGCAACUGAGGUGUAAAGUGGAGGUGAUGUGGCGAAUUCCCGUUUCUCUUAGAAUAAGUGAACUUCCAAGGAUAUCUGCCCCGACGAUGCUGCUGAGAGGAGCGGAGGUGCUCGUGACUGCUGCUGGGAAGCCAGGUCCUCUUCCUGCCGAGGGGGCGGCCGGCAGGCGUUCCAGGCGCCUGUCGCACUGCCUUUUAGGACGUUUCCAUUGCACUAUGGACAGUUGCUUUUAAAGAAUAUAUAUUUAAAUGAAUGGACUUGAUCACUACGUGAGAAGCUCGCACUGCUUGGAGUGUAUAUGUUGGAUUCUUAUGAGCCAGUCUUUUCUUGAAUUAGAAUCACAAACACUGCCUUUAUUGUCCUUUUUGAUACUAAAAUGUGUUUUUUCUAGGUGGAAAAAAAUGUGCGUUAUUUUUUGGAUUUGUAAAAAUAUUUUUCAUGAUAUCUGUAAAGCUUGAGUAUUUUGUGAUGUUCAUUUUUAUAAUUUAAAUUUUUGGUAAAUAUGUACAAAGGCACUUCGGAUCUAUGUGAUUAUAUUUUUUUGUAUAUAAAUGUAUUUAUGGAAUAUUGUGCAAAUGUUAUUUGAGGUCUUUUUUUUUACUGUUUUG